ACACAACCAAAACAACACGAGAGGCGGCGUGUGUUGAAUAUGUCGUUUUUUUAGCCUUUAUUUUCACCCUGAGAGGGACAUUUCUUGGCCGAAUAUAGGGCUUUUUGACACUCCACACCACAGACAGCCAAGAUGAAGGAGCAGUAUCGGGAGACAGAUGUUGUCCGCAACAUCCUGGACAUCCAGUUUGGGGUGCUGUCGGCACAGGACAUGCAGCAGUGCAGUCAUGCACACAUUGUGUCAUCAGAGCUCUAUAACCCGAAUGCAAACGCCAGAGAACCUGCCUCUCAUGGUGUCUUGGAUAGAAGAAUGGGUACUAGUCAAAAAGAUGUGACAUGUGAGACCUGCGGCAAGAAUUUAUCGGACUGCAUUGGUCAUUAUGGCUACCUGGACCUUGCUCGACCAGUGUUCCACGUCGGCUACUUCAAGAAUACAAUCCAUAUCCUCCAAAAUAUUUGUAAAUUCUGUGCACAUGUACUUCUUAAACCGAAAGAUAAACUUUCGCUCUGUGAGCAGUCAAAGAGAUUAAGCUCAUACCUGCAGAAGAAGGCUCUAUACAAGCGUGUUAAUGAACUUUGCAAGAAGAUGAGCUUGUGUCCAUACUGCAGUGCCAGAAAUGGAACUGUGAAAAAACUACCACCUCUCAAGAUUGUCCAUGAGAGAUUCAAAACAGUUAAGAAGGGGGAUCCUCUGUUGACAGACUAUUUUACUCAGUUUGACACAGCAUUAGAGUACAACAAAGAGUUAGAGGCACAGUUGGCCUCCAAUGUUGUGGAGUUCCUGAAUCCUAGUCAGGUCCUCGAUCUGUUUGAGAGGAUUCCUCUCUCAGACUUGCCACUCUUGUGCAUGGACCAACAAUUUUCGCAUCCAAAGGAUCUCAUUCUUACACGACUGCUAGUCCCCCCAAACUGCAUAAGGCCAUCUGUGAUCUCGGAACUGAAAUCUGGAACGAAUGAGGAUGACAUCACAGUCAUGCUUACCGAGAUCAUUUUCCUGAACAAUCUGAUCAACAAGAGAAGCUCUGGGAAAGUGCAGAGCAUCCAAGAUUCGUGGGAACACCUGCAGCUUCACGUGGCAUUCUUGAUGAAUUCGGAGAUAUCGGUGCCGCAUGAUCUCAACAUGGCGCGGAAAUCAACGCGAGGGUUUGUCCAAAGGCUGAAGGGCAAGCAGGGCCGUUUCCGAGGGAACUUGUCCGGAAAACGUGUUGAUUUCUCAAGCCGAACUGUCAUCUCUCCGGAUCCCAAUCUCAGAAUCAAUGAGGUGGGUGUACCAGUGGAAGUAGCGAAGCAGCUGUCUUACCCCGAAAAAGUGACGUCACACAACAUCAACCUCAUGCGUCAGCUGGUGCGCAAUGGCCCAGAUGUCCAUCCUGGGGCUCUCUUUGUGGAGCCAAAGUCGACACCGGGCAUCAAGAAAUCAAUGAGAUACGUGCAUAGGGAGCGGAUGGCCAGUGAGCUGAAACAGGGGGACAUUAUUGAGAGACACUUGAUGGAUGGAGAUAUUGUCCUAUACAACCGACAGCCUUCCUUGCACAAGAUGAGCAUCAUGUCCCACAGAGUCAGAGUUCUCCCAUGGAGGACCUUUAGGUUCAAUGAGUGUGUCUGUACUCCUUAUAAUGCUGAUUUUGAUGGUGAUGAGAUGAAUCUUCAUGUGCCACAGACAGAGGAGGCGAGGGCAGAGGCAUUGGUGCUCAUGGGGGUAACCUCCAACCUGGUGACCCCAAGACAUGGAGCGCUCAUCAUUGGCGCAACCCAGGAUUUCAUCACAGGCUCCUACCUCCUCACACAGAAGGACCAGUUCUUUGACAAGGAACACACCUGUGCCCUUGUAGCCUCCAUCUUGGCCGGGAAGGAGGCUGACUACAAAGUAGAUCUACCACCUCCUGCUAUUAUGAAGCCUCAAGAGCUGUGGACAGGCAAACAGAUUUUCAGUCUGAUCAUCCGGCCUAACAAGUCAUUUCCAGUGGCUUGCAAUCUGAUGGCCAAGCGCAAGGACUACACAAAAGGAGAGGAGCUAUGUGCCAAUGAAGCAUGGGUGGUGAUCCGUAACUCAGAGCUUCUUGCAGGGGCUCUUGACAAGUCCUUGCUGGGCUCAGGUUCCAAGAAAAAUCUUUUCUACGUCAUCCUCAAAGACUAUGGCAAGGACCAUGCAGCUGAUGCUAUGUGGAGGAUGGCUAGGGUCUCCACACUGUUCCUGAUGGACCGUGGGUUCUCCAUCGGUAUUGGAGAUGUCAUGCCAGGAUCAGGGCUUCUCACCAGGAAGCAGGAACUCCUUGACGAAGGGUACAGGAAAUGUGACGAAUUCAUCUCUCAGCUGAAGGAAGGCACGCUGCACUGCCAGCCAGGCUGCACUGCAGAGGAGACCUUAGAGCAGCUGAUCCUUAAAGAGCUCAGUACUAUUCGAGACAAAGCAGGCAAGGCUUGUGUCAUGGAACUGCACAAAACCAAUGCAGCACUCAUCAUGGCCAUCUCUGGCUCCAAGGGUUCCUUCAUCAACAUCUCACAGAUGAUUGCAUGUGUCGGACAGCAGGCCAUAGGAGGCAAGAGAGUCCCCAACGGCUUUGAAGACCGUGCACUGCCACACUAUGAGAGACACUCAAAGAUCCCUGCAGCCAAGGGUUUCGUGAGCAACAGCUUCUUCUCUGGCAUGACACCCACAGAAUUCAUCUUCCAUACCAUGGCUGGACGAGAGGGGCUUGUUGACACAGCUGUCAAGACCUCAGAGACCGGCUACAUGCAACGUCGACUUGUCAAGUCUCUAGAAGACUUGUAUGUAGCGUAUGACAUGACAGUGCGGAAUUCAACACAGGAUAUUAUUCAGUUCAAAUAUGGAGGUGAUGGUCUAGACCCCUCAGAAAUGGAGGGAACAAAGGGCCCCAUUGACCUGGAACGUGUCUUGAAUCACGUACGUGCCACCCACCCCUAUGCAAGUGAGGACCCCCUAGCUGGCAAGGAAGUGCUACAGCUUGGUGAGAAGUACCUAGAAGAUGAUGCCUUCAAAGAGCUUUCACCUGAGUUUAAAGAAGAGCUGAAGACCUUCCUGGAAAAGUACUCCAAAAGGGUGGAUAAGAUACAAUCACGGUUCGUCAAAGCCACCAGCAAGGGGAAAGCCCUGCCAGUAGAACGUCAGCUGGAGCGCCUAACUUUUACCCAGCUCAUUGACUUUCUCAACUCGUGCCUCGAUCGCUAUCAGAGUGCUGUGAUGGAGCCGGGCACUGCAGUGGGUGCUCUCUGUGCCCAGAGUAUUGGAGAGCCCGGCACACAGAUGACCCUGAAGACCUUCCAUUUUGCUGGAGUGGCUGCGAUGAACAUCACCCUUGGUGUGCCAAGAAUCCUGGAGAUCAUCAAUGCAUCGCGAAGCAUUUCGACACCCAUCAUCACAGCCAAGCUUAAGUGUGACACUGACCCGGAGAAGGCACGUCAGGUGAAAGGGCGCAUUGAGAAGACCCUGCUGGGGGAGGUUUGUGAAUAUGUGGAGGAGGUGUUUCUGCCUGAUGAUUGCUUCUUGCUGCUCAAACUGGCCAUGGACCGCAUCAGGCUCCUCAAGCUUGAAGUGGAUGCCUACUCCAUUAAGUAUGCCAUCUGUACAUCCAAGCUCAAGGUGAAAGAGAUGGACGUGUGCGUAGAGUCAGACACCAUCCUCACCGUCCGGCCUUCAAAGACCAAGGUGUCCUCCAUGUACUACCAGUUGCAGCACCUCAAGCAGCACAUCACCAAGGUCAUCAUCAAGGGCCUGCCGUCUGUCAAUCGGGCUGUCAUUAAUCAGAACGACACCAGUGGGAUUUCUCAGUAUGAACUGCUUGUGGAAGGUGACAACUUGCAGGAGGUCAUUGCAACAUAUGGUGUUGAUGGCACACGUUGCACCUCAAACAACACAUAUGAAGUCUUCACCUCCUUAGGGAUUGAGGCACACUAUGCUAUGGCUGACUUGAUGACCUUCGUGCAAUGCUGGCAUAUGCCAUGGCUCUCCAAGAUGAAGGAGUCAGUGCUGAUGCUUGCCUCGUUUGAGAAGACAGCUGACCACCUGUUUGAUGCAGCCUACCAUGGCCAGAGCAACCCCAUCAAGGGUGUGAGUGACUGCAUCAUUAUGGGAAAGCCCAUGAACAUUGGCACAGGCGUGUUCAAGCUCCUCCACAGCCACAAGAGAGACAUUAAACCCCGAAGCCGCAACCUUAUCUUUGACCACCCAGAGCUCCAUAUCCCUCUUGUCCACAACGGCUGGUCUUGAUGGCGUUUGUGACCUAAGCAGUGUGGCCCAAUGUGAUUGUUAUGUGUGUGCAUCUCCUGUGAAGGCUCUUGAAGUGUGAAGCCCCUUUGGUGUGCUGUGUGCUAGGCAGUUGGGAGAAGGAUAGGGGGAACACACCACAUUCUAAUUGCAAGCUUAUUUUUCUUCUUCUGCCUUUUAGAAAUGGAUAUAAAUUUUAUAGAAGUGUUUUUAAAAGCAGAAUUUAAAGUGAUUUCUUGGUGAUCUUGAAGAAGUGGUGAGUUAGUAAUCACCUAUAAUCUCAUUGCCUGAAGGUGGCAAAGGUGGCUUCACUGGAAUGCAGGAAGGGAGUGAAAAAGAAGGAAAUGUACAAACCAAAGUGGUUGAAGAGAAGGGCUCUCACAUCCUUGUACAAGAUACAUAUGUAGAGGGAUUGAGAGAAGGAGUAUGGAAUAAUUAAUUAUAAAGAAAGACAAUUGGGGACUUCAUUUGUAUCAACUGUGGAGACUGUAACAGGGAAAACACUAUGUUUGUGAAACUCUUGAAAAGUGUAAUUGUGAGGAAAAGUUUGUAAUGCUCAGUGAUAUAUUUUGUUGUUAUUAUUUCUUUUAAGAUUUUUUUUUCAUAUUGCAAAAUGUAUUAAUGGAAAGGCAAAAAUGAAGCAAUAUAUUAUA